CGGUCUGCCUCCCUCCCUUCCUUCCCUCUCCAUGUGAAUGAGUGAUUUACCAGUGAGACAGUGAACUGUUGUGUGAAUCGCAGAGGACAUCCCUUCUUCUGUCCUAUUGCCACCCUUCUCGCUUAACUUUGGCCUCAUGCAUUUAUAGACUCCCGUCCCCAUCUCUUCGCGGCGUGCCCGAGAAGGGAACCCUAAAAGCUCGCUCUUUUGGUUCCCGCGAUGCCCCCCUUCUUCUGCUCAAGGUCGUUCCCAUGAGUACAUGGCCAUGCCGAUCGACGGGGGAAUCGUCCUCUUCUCCCUCCUCUUCCUGGCGUGUCGUCCUGUCGCAGCGGCCUCCGGAGCAUCGCGUGUCAUUGUCGGUGGAGGAGGCAUCUCCCCAAAGUCUAUACUCGGUGGGGAGAAUUUGGCGCCGUGGGCAAAUGGGCUACUGAAGUUCUCUCCUGUGGCUUCUGCUCCUGCCCCUGAUGGGAAAGCUCCGCUGGUUUUGGCACGGAAAAGAACAAAGCGGCCAGAUAUGUUUAAUAGCCUCAGGAUGUAUCGUGAUGGUUGGGAUGUUACUAACAAGCACUACUGGGCGUCUGUUGGAUUUACAGGUGCUCCUGGAUUUAUUCUUGCAUUCAUAUGGUUCGUCUUGUUUGCAUUGGCACUGGUUACACGAAGAUGUUGCAGCUGGAGAAUUGAACUUGACAAGGAAAAAUUGAUUUUCUUAAGGCAGAUGUCUCUUGUCUUGCUCCUGGUUUUCACUUGCGCAGCAUUGAUUGGAUGUGUUCUUCUUUCAGUUGGUCAGGAUGAGUUCCAUGGUGAAGUAAUGGACACCUUAAAUUUUGUUGUUAAUCAAUCAGAUUUCACUGUAGACAUCAUUAGGAAUGUCACAGAUUUUCUGUCACUUGCCAAAUCAAUCAGUGUGGAUCAGCUCUAUCUUCCAUAUGAUGUUCAGAACAAGAUUGGCAAAUUAAAUGUGGAUUUAAAUGAUGCUGCUAAUACUCUAUCAGGUGAAACAGCUGAAAGUUCUGCAAAAGUAAGACGAGUUUUCGACAACAUACGUUUCACAUUAAUCCUGGUAGCAGCUAUAAUGCUUCUUUUAGCCAUCAUUGGUUUCUUGUUGUCGGUUCUUGGGCACAAACAUGCAGUCUACAUAUUUAUCAUAACUGGGUGGUUGCUUGUGGCAGUUACAUUCAUACUCUGUGGAUUUUUUAUCAUUGUCAGCAAUGCCGUUGGGGAUGCUUGUGUGGCUAUGGGUGAAUGGGUCCACAAUUCUCAAGCAGAGACCUCACUUAGUAGCAUUCUCCCUUGUGUUGACGAGCAAACAACAAAUCUGACAUUGUACCAGAGUAAAGAUGUCAUCGUCCAGCUUGUUGGCGUUGUCAACACUGCAAUAUAUUCUCAAGCUACAUCUGUGCAUUACAACCAAUCUGGUCCUCUGAUGCCAUCUCUCUGCUCUCCUUAUGAUUCUAACCUGCACGACCGACAGUGCACACCUGAAGAGGUUUCACUGGUGAAUGCUUCAACGGUUUGGCAAAACUACACUUGUGCUGUCUCUGAAUCAGGACUCUGUGUCACAGUCGGAAGGGUGACCCCCGACAUUUACCAGCAGUUGGUUGCAGCUGUAAAUGUUAGUUAUGCCCUCGAUCACUACACACCAUUCUUGCUGAGCCUUCAGAAUUGCCAGUUCGUGAAAGAAACUUUCGACGCGAUCACAACUUUCUUCUGCCCCCAGCUGGAGCUUGAUCUCCGGGUUGUGAAUGCUGGACUAGGCCUCAUCUCCACGGGGGUCAUGCUCUGCCUCAUCUUCUGGUUCUUGUAUGCAAACCGCCCCCAAAGGGAGGAAGUGUUUGCGAAGCAAUAUGAAAUAAAGACUGCAGUAGUCAAUCAAACUCCCACACCAUCUCAAACUCCCUCCUGAUGUGAAGCCUCUCCGUAGUCUGUACUUCCCAGCAUCUAAAUCUUUUGUCGAUGAAAUGCAUGUUUCAUUUGCCCAUUUACUUGAUGUAAGUGAAACGGCUUUAAGUAAAUCCUCUACAUGCUUUGCACAGCAACUGUUGUGAAAGCAGAUUUUCUUAUGUU